AUUAAAAUUCAACAGUUAAUUCAAGCUUUACAUGUGAAAUACCAUUUUAGGGCAAUCAAUGCUGGUAAGAGUGUUAGAAACGAAGACCAAGCAACAUAUUAUAAAGGUACCUUACGUCGAGUGGUUGUAGCAGGAGUAACAGCACAUACAGUACCAGUAUCCUCCACCUUAACACCUAACAUGCCUGUACCUCCUGCAUCUGGCAAAGCAACCAAUACUGAACCAGUAAUUAUUGCAACAGUUUCUGAAGCAAAAAACUCGAGUGAAGCUGAUCAAACUGUGUCUACAAUACAGGGUGAUAGUAUAUUUAGCACUCCACCAUCUACACCCGAAGCUCAUAAACGAGAAAUGGUACAGAAGAUGCUACCUUGGAUCUACUUUGCCCUUUUUGAUGGACAUGCUGGCUCUGGUGUAGCUGUUGCAGCUUCUAACAUGCUUCAUAAAAUAAUUGAGGAAAAACUAAUGAGCGUGAUUGACCUUUUAAUACCAUCCCCUGAAUUGGAGGUUGGGUCUGGUGAAGGAUCUUUAUCAUCAACUUUAUUUAUGGGCUCUAAUGAGAAGAAAGUUAGCACUGAUAGCCUUAUUAUCGGAGCUUUAGAGUCUGCGUUUUGGAAUAUG